UUUUGCUCAAUCAAAAAUCACAAUCGAAUAAGAAAUUUUUUUUGAUCUUUUAGAAUCAAAUACAGUAACAAAGCAAAACCCUAAUCCAAAUCGAACUCACAUUCUUCAUUUCUCAGGUUUAACUAUGGCGGAAGAGAAUGCUGCCAAUGGAGAUGUUUUUGAUGAUGCUGUGGAGAUCGAAGGAGAGGAAGAUUCGGAUGCUGCAUUGAAAACUGCUCCACUGACACACAAGAUAGCGGCUUUAGAGCAAGAGAAUAAUCAACUUUUUCGCGAGAAUCAAGUCAUCAAAGAGAAGAUGGAGAAAUCUAAGCACUCGAUUGAGGAAAUCCAGAACGAAAAAGUGGAGUUACAGAAGAAGGCGGAGAAGAUUGAGUCGGAGAAUAAGGCUCUAGGAUCGGUAGCUGGCCGAGCAGCAGAGCUCGAGGGUGAACAGUCUCGGCUUCAGCAUGAUCUCAUAACUUCAGUGAACGAUCUGGAAGAAUCGAAUUCUGAGCUAUCAAAACUGAAGUUGGAUCUAGAGGGGUUAAAGAGUUGUGACAAUGAGAAGAAUGUGAAACUGGAAGCCAUUGAGACUGAAAGGAAUUUGUUAUUGGUGAAAGUUAAGAAGUUGGAAGUGAGUGAAAAAGAUCAUCGAACUGAAGGAGAAGUGAAGGAGAAAGAAAUUAGGGGCUUGAAGAAUCAACUCGAGGAUUUAAAGGCAACUGUGAAGAAGAAUGAGGCGUGGAAAAGGGAGAAGGAGGCGCUUCAUACGGUGAAAGAUGAGUUAGAGAAGAGGGUUAUAGAAAUGAUGAGUAAAGUGACUGAGUUGGAGAAGAAGUUGGAGGAGAAGGAAACAUUGAUUACUGAAAGAGGCAUCGACAACAAUAUUGAUGGCAUUUCAGCUGAGGAUAAGGUUAAAGCUCCCGGUGGCAAUGUCGACUUAUUAAUGGCGGCUGCAUCUUCAGUUGCUGCAGUUGCUGUGAUAGGUAUUUUGUGCUUCCUUCGAUUUGCAAGAAAAUCAUAAACUUAGAGCUUGUCUUGAAGAAGUCGAG